GAAGUGUAGGGCCUAUGAACUAACUCCCCUCAAAUCCACAAGCUACCAUAAAUACCCACUUCAUCCCCCCCUCAAUCCUCAUCUCCAUAAUUCAUCCAUCCAUCUCUUCUUCACCCAAACCAGCAAACAACAACAAUACCAAUCUAGAGAGAGUGUGAGUAUUCACAUUUUUUUUCUUCAACUCACCAGAAGCAAAUUAAAACCCUAAAAAAAGAUGAUGAUGAGCAGCAUCAGAUCCGCAGUGUCCACUCUCAUGCCCAAACAAAAGCUGCCAAAUUCAUUCCAGUAUUACCUCCACAGCUCCGGCGGCUUCAACCUCGGAAUCCUCCACCCUCCCCACCACCCCCACAAGGACAAGCUCCUCGUCGUCUUGGGUACCACCGGCGCCGGCAAAUCUAGGCUCUCCAUCGACCUCGCCUCCCGCUUCUCCGGAGAGAUCAUCAACUCCGACAAAAUGCAGGUCUACCGCGGCCUCGACGUCCUCACCAACAAGGUCACCGAAGACGAGCGCCGCCACGUCCCCCACCACCUCCUCGGCGUCGUCGGCCCAAAAAAGAAUUUCACCGCUAAGACCUUUUGCUUCGCCGCGACGGAGACGAUCAAGUCGAUCACCGCCCGGGGCCACCUCCCGAUCAUCGCCGGCGGCUCAAACUCCUUCAUCGAGGCUCUCAUGGAUGACAAGGACUGCCGGUUGAGGUCCACGUACGACGUCUGCUUCCUGUGGGUCGACGUGUCCAUGCCGGUACUCCACUCAUUCGUGUCGGACCGGGUGGACAAGAUGGUCGACCGCGGGUUGGUCGAGGAGGCGAGAUCGGCCUUCGACCCCAAGAAUGGGGACUACUCCACCGGCAUCCGGAAGUCGAUCGGCGUCCCGGAGUUCCACCGCUACUUCCAAGCGGAGCCCACGGCGGAUGCCGACACCCGCGCCGCCCUCCUCAACGAGGCAAUCGACGAGGUGAAGGUGAACACGUGCGUCUUGUCGAGCCAACAAUUGGAAAAGAUAAAACGAUUGCGGGAUGUGCGGGGGUGGAAGUUGCACCGGGUCGACGCCACCGAGGUGUCCCGGAUGAAGGCGGCCGGGGGCGGCAAGGACAAGAAAAUGUGGGAGAAUCAGGUGGUGGCGCCGAGCGCCACCAUCGUGACGAGAUUCCUCCACAAUAGGUUAAGGUCGCCGAUCUACGCGGAUGCCGGCAUCCCCAUCAAACCGGUCGCCGGAGUAAUGGGCCUGACGGCGGCGAUUCACUGAGACUCCAACAGAUUGUGACUUUUCACCCUUACCAUAGCAGUGGGACUAAUCAAACACCGAUGAGCCACCCAAACCCUACCCUUUAUACUUCCUUUUCUUUUUUAUGUGCAUAUUGAUGUAACGAUGCCAUUUUUUUGGGAAGUUGUAACGGAUAGAACGUGGCGUGGGCUGAAGUAAAUACUCAGUAGUUAG